UAACAAAAGUAUGUAGUUGAUGUACCAAACUAAAAAUAAUUCUACCCCCAUCUCAUCUCAAACUCACAUCGCCAACCUUGCUGCCGUUUCCGUCGCUGCUGCUGUCGUUCCCGUCGCUGCUGCUGUCGUUCCCGUUGCUGCUGCUGCCGUUCCUGCUGCUGCCGUUUCCGUCGCCCUUGCUGCAGUCGUCGUCGCACUAGCUGCAGUCGCCUCCACCCUUGCUGCCGUCUUCUCAGGGCUUAAUAGAGGACGAGGAACACUUCUAGCAGGAUUAUUGGCAUUUGCUAUCAAGUACAUUGCACAGGAAACUGUCCACGCCUUUCAAGCUAUUUUCACUGGAGCUGCAGUUCGUGUUAUAGGCACCAUGUUCAAAUAAAUUUGCUAGGGUGAGAAUGGGAACACCUGCUUGCACCAGCAAUACAGCCACAGCCUUCUCUAGGAGCAGUUUACCUGCAUCUUUAAACUUGAAAUCAAGUGCAUUGAAAUUUCCAUAUACAAAUAAUGGAGGAUUUAAGCAAUUAAAAUGUAGAGCAUCAUUAUUAUCAAAUAUGGAGCUAACUAUAACACGACCUGAUGAUUGGCAUCUUCACCUUCGCGAUGGAGAGAUGCUUGAAGCUGUUGUGCCUCACAGUGCUAGUCAUUUUGGAAGGGCAAUUAUAAUGCCCAAUUUGAAACCUCCAAUUACGACUGCCGUUGCUGCUUUGGCUUAUCGUGAAUCUAUACUGAAAGCAUUGCCUGCUAAUAGUGAUUUUAGUCCACUUAUGACACUUUAUUUGACAGACACAACAAGCCCAAAUGAGAUUAAGCUUGCAAGAAGAAGUGGUGUCGUGUUUGCUGUGAAGUUAUAUCCUGCUGGCGCUACAACAAACUCUCAAGAUGGUGUUACUGAUCUUUUUGGAAAAUGUCUUCCUGUGCUCGAGGAGAUGGUCGAACAAAACAUGCCUUUGCUGGUUCAUGGUGAAGUUACAGAUCCUAGUGUCGAUAUAUUUGAUCGUGAAAAGGUUUUCAUUGACACUGUUUUACAACCCUUAAUCCAAAAGCUUCCUCGACUGAAGGUUGUAAUGGAGCAUAUCACUACAAUGGAUGCUGUUAGAUUCGUUCAAUCUUGUGAUGAAGGAUCAGUUGCAGCAACUGUUACUCCUCAGCAUCUUGUUCUUAAUAGAAAUGCUAUCUUCCAAGGAGGAUUGCAACCACAUAAUUAUUGUCUUCCAGUACUAAAAAGAGAAACCCACAGGCAAGCAAUUGUUUCAGCUGUGACUAGUGGAAGCAAAAGAUUUUUUCUUGGGACUGAUAGUGCUCCUCAUGAAAGAAAGAGGAAAGAAUGUUCUUGUGGAUGUGCUGGAAUAUAUAAUGCCCCUGUUGCUCUAUCACUAUAUGCCAAGAUUUUUGAAGAGGCUGGUGCACUUGAUAAGCUAGAGGCAUUUACAAGCUUUAAUGGACCAGACUUCUAUGGACUUCCAAGGAACGCAUCAAAGAUCAAAUUGGCCAAGAACCAAUGGAAGGUGCCAGAGGCUUUCUCAUUUCCAUUUGGAGAUAUCAUUCCAAUGUCUGCAGGAGAAACACUCGAGUGGCAGCCAUCCUCCGCCUGAUUCCAUAUUUAGAGUUUGUUUUUCAUAUAAUUCAACUCUGUUCUAAACACAAAUAAGAAAAAAAAAAACUAGUCAGUGCAAGCUCACUUUUCACUAGUCUUCUGAUUGUACAAGUCAAAUCGAUCGAUGAUCAGAAAUAGCUGAUGAUGUAGACUACUGAAAUUAUUAGGAUUCCUAUGCAUUUUUAAUGCCUUGUACACGAUACACAGGAGACUUUUUGUGUAACCUGCUGGUAUUAGUGUAAGGUUAUUGUCUUUCCUUAUUGACUUGGAAAAUAAAAGAGGAUUCCACACUAAAAACCAAGCAGCAAUGUUUUACUAGAAUUUCAUUGACAUUUCCAGAA